AUGAAACAAAGAUUCUCGUCGUUGGACGUCAAGGUCAUUGCCCAUGAGCUCCAAGAAAGCUUGGUCUCUCUGCGGCUUGCCAACAUCUACGACCUCUCCUCCAAGAUCCUUCUCUUCAAGUUCUCGAAACCCGACAACAAGAAACAACUCCUUAUCGACACCGGGUUCCGCUGCCAUCUGACCGACUUUGCGCGCACCACAGCCACCGCUCCUUCCGUAUUUGUAGCACGGCUCCGAAAGGUUCUUAAAACUCGAAGGUUGACAAAAGUUGCACAAAUCGGGACAGACCGCGUACUGGAAUUUCAGUUCAGCGAUGGACAAUACCGCUUGUUUCUGGAGUUCUUUGCUAGCGGCAACCUGAUCUUGACCGACGCCGGAUUGAAGAUACUGGCUAUCGCGCGUAACGUAUCAGAAGCAGAUGGCCAAGAACCGCAACGGAUAGGCCUCCAAUACUCUCUUGAGAACCGACAAAACUACCCCACCAUACCCCCAUUAACUAAGGAGAGGGUAAAAAAUGCAUUAGCCACAGCUGUCAGCAAAGCAGCGGCCCAGAACCCGUCGGCGUUGAAGAAGGGCAAAGCGAAGGUUGGGGCCGAGUUAAGAAAGAGUCUCGCUGGUGCCAUCACUGAAGUCCCCCCCGUGCUGGUCGACCACACCCUGCAAGCCAAUAGCUUUGAUCUCUCGAAGCCGUUGGCGGAUAUCCUCGCUAGUGAGACGCUCUUGGAUGAGCUGAUGAAGUCUUUGUCCGAAGCUCGAGAUCUGGUUGAGAGUAUUAUAUCUACUUCGCAAUGCAAAGGAUAUAUUUUUGCCAAGUAUCGGGUCGCUUCCAGUGGAGAGGAGGAGGUCGACGACAGACGAGAGAAUCUCUUGUACGAAGAUUUCCAUCCAUUUUGCCCUAAAAAAUUCCAAGAAGACCCGUCUAUCAAAGUUUUGGAGUUUGAUGGGUACAACCAAACAGUUGAUGAGUUUUUUUCAUCAUUGGAAGGACAAAAGUUGGAGUCCAGGCUCAGCGAGAGAGAGGCGCAGGCCAAGCGAAGACUUGAAAGUGCUAGGCAGGAACAAGCCAAGCGCAUCGAGGGUCUACAAGAAGUCCAGAACGUAAACCUCCGCAAGGCUGCUGCCAUCGAAGCCAACGUGGAAUGGGUCCAGGAAGCGAUGGAUGCAGUCAACGGCCUUUUGGCUCAGGGAAUGGACUGGGUGAAUAUCGGAAAGCUCAUCGAACGUGAAAAGAAGCGUAGCAACCCCGUUGCGCAAGUGAUAAAGCUCCCGUUGAAACUUGACGAAAAUGUAAUCACUCUUGUGCUUGCAGAGGAAGACGAUGAACAGGACGAAGACGAUGACCCUUUCGAGACUGACAGUGAGUCUGAAGAUAACGACGCUACCAGCUCAAAAGCGGGAGGCCAGACGCCGGGAAAGUCACUCUCUAUUGACAUCAACUUGGGCUUGAGCCCGUGGAGCAACGCAAGGGAGUACUAUGACCAGCGGAAAACUGCUGCUGUCAAGGAGGAGAAAACUCAGCAACAAUCGACACGUGCCCUCAAGAACACAGAGCAGCGGAUUCACGAAGACCUGAAAAAGGGUCUUAAGCAGGAGAAAGCAUUGCUACAGCCUAUUCGACAGCUGAUGUGGUUCGAAAAAUUCAUUUGGUUCAUCUCAUCAGACGGAUAUCUGGUGAUUGCUGGCAAAGACGCAUUGCAAAAUGAAAUGCUGUAUAAGAGGCAUUUACGGAAGGGAGAUGUUUACUGCCACGCUGAUCUACGAGGCGCAUCAAGUGUCGUCAUCAAGAACAAUCUCAACACACCAGAUGCCCCAAUCCCCCCUGCAACAUUAUCCCAAGCAGGAACACUGUCCGUCUGCUCCUCUGACGCAUGGGACUCCAAAGCUGGAAUGGGUGCAUGGUGGGUAAACGCAGAGCAGGUGUCCAAGUCUGCAUCUACCGGGGAGAUCUUACCUCCGGGUAGUUUCACGAUCAAGGGUAACAAGAAUUUCCUGCCUCCUGCCCAACUUCUAAUGGGUCUUGGGUUCAUGUUCAAGAUCAGUGAUGCUAGCAAGGCUCGACAUGUGAAACACAGGCUCCAUGAUCCAGCCGCGGCUGUUGGUAGCUCGGCCGAAAAUGACAACGAAGGCGACGAUGCCACUGCCGCGGAAUCACUUGAUGCACUAGAAGACAAAGACGACGAGUCCGAACAGGAACAAGACGAGGGCGAGGAUGAAGAUCAGGAUAAGCGUGACAAUCCACUGCAGCAGCACUCUGAGGCUGAUGAGGCAGAGAGUGCCGUGGCUCAGGUCGAGCAGGAGGUUUCGGACCUGAAAUUGACUGAACAGGCCGCGGACGAAGCAGAAAGCGAAGAAGAAAGCCCGGACCAGAAGCCCGAUGACGAAGAGGAUUUAAACCCCACCAGCGAGGCGCAAUCCCGCUCCUCAACCAAGGAUAAUGGCCCCGGCUCCGUGAAGAAAGCACCAGCAAAGCGAGGCCAAAAGGGCAAGGCUAAGAAGAUUGCCGCCAAGUACAAGUACCAGGACGAGGAAGACCGUGCUGCCGCAGAGGCCGUCCUCGGUGCCGCGCUAGGGAAGAAGAGGGCCGAGGCCGAGGCCAAGGCUAAAGAGGACCGCGAGGCGGAGCUGGAGGCGAUGAGGGAACGCCGCCGCGCCCAGCACCAGAAGCAGCAGAAGGAGGCGGCCAAGCAUGAAGAGGUCCGCCGGCAAAUGAUGGACGAGGGGGUCGACCUGCCAGAUGACGGCGAGGAGGAGAAGCUGGCGUCCAUCGAUGCUCUGGUUGGCACGCCGUUGCCGGGGGAUGAGAUUGCGGAGCUCAUACCGGUCUGCGCACCCUGGAACGCCCUCGGCAAGUUCAAGUACAAGGUCAAGCUGCAGCCCGGAGCCAUGAAGAAGGGCAAGGCGGUCAAGGAAAUCCUCGAGAGGCUAAAGCUGGAUAGUGGCAAGAAGAAUGUUGUGGACGAGCACGCCAGGGAUAGCGAGAGGAUGUGGCCGCGAGAGGUGGAGUUGAUCAAGGCCCUCAAGCCCGAGGAGGUCGUCAACAGCAUACCGGUGGGAAAGGUCCGUGUGAUGAUGUCGGGAGGGGGCGGAGGCUCUAGUGGUGGAGGCGGGAAAGGUUCUGGAGGAGGGAAGGGCGGUGGAAGGGGAGGCGGUGGGAAGGGAAGAGGUGGGAAGGGUUCAAAGAAAUAA